GAUGCACAUUUUUUUAUUUUUGUUAGCGGAGCAAGCAGCUGCAGCCCAUUUGAUUUCUUCUUCUUUUCUCUAUUUUCAUUUUCCCCCAAAUUCAGCAGCAGCAGCGGCAAAUCUUGUUCUUAUCUCUGAGAGUUAAUUCGGUUAUAAUUGAGUUAUUGGUAAAUAAAUGGUACUCUUGCACGCCGCCAGGAGAGGUGCUGCUUUUGUUGCCGGCCGCCGCUUGCACAACCGCACCUCUUCAUUUUUCGCUUGUUCAUGUACAGGCCUACAUAAGCGUCAGAAAACUGAUUCAAGUUUCGUGUUUCUCCGCUUUAGCUCAUAUCCUUAUGUUCUUAAACCUGGACAUUUUCAUACUACAUCUUGUGAAUCCGUUGAAAGUCUACAAGCAGGGAUAGAAUUAGCUGGUGAUGAGGAGAAAUCGAGAGAAUCAGCUGACAUUUUCCAAGAAUGGGGUUGUAGUGAGAGUGAUAUAUCCAAGAUUUUUGAGCGACGUUCAUCUUUACGUAAGAUGGACAUUCAUAUCCUUCGGUCUAAGCUCGACAUACUCUCUCGCUUGGGCAUCAAAUCAGCUGACCUUGUAAAGAUGGUGCAUUGCCGUCCCCGCUUGCUCAACUGCAGAAUCAACAUUGAUCUGAACGAACGCCUUGUAUAUCUGGAGGGUUUGUUCGGCUCAAAGGAGGUCCUAGUGAAGGCCAUCGUGCGGAAUCCUUCUCUACUGAUCUACGACUUCCAAAACAAAGUGAAACCCAUCAUUGCCAUGUACGAGUCGUUGGGCCUCAGCAAAGAGGACUUGAUAACUGUGCUUCUGUCUCGCCCCACUUUGAUCCCACGCACUAACCUGAAUGAAGAGAAGCUAGAUUACAUCCGUAGGACUGGAGUCUCGGAGCGUUCAAAGAUGUAUAAACACGUGGUUUCCAUAGUUGCUAUAUCACGCAUGGAGACCAUCCGUGAAAAGAUGCUGAGUAUGGAGAAAUACGGGCUCUCGGAGGAUGACUAUCUUUGUCUCAUCGGACGUUCCCCGCUCGUGAUGACCCUAUCUGUUGAUAAAGUCCAGAGGAACAUGACAUAUAUACUAGGUACGAUGAAGCUACCAGCCAGCGUGGUACUACAUAAUCCGUUCCUGAUCUUCUUCAACCUGGAGAAGGUCCUGAAACCGCGUUUCCUGAUAGCAUGUAAAAUUGACGAUAUGGGACUUGCUCCUCAGAUCAAGGGACCUCUCUUGUUGAGAGCGAUGAGGAUGUCAGAUAAGAGAUUCAUCAAAGCAUUUAUAUCUUGCCACCCCGAGAGCGUGGCCGAAGAGCUGCUCACGGCAUAUAAAAAUGCUAAAUGCGUCAGAAGGUUAGCAGAGUCCUCAAAGAAGAACUUGCAUACAGGAUUCCCGUUCUGAAUGGUUCUUUUACUACUUGUGAGUUGAUUGAUGGAAUUUUUUGUUAUUCUUUUGAUCUAACUACAUCCGCGUUUGCCCUUUCCUCUUGGAUGCUCAUAGGCAACAUUAUGCUGCUGUGGACAGACCAUGAAAAAGGCAAAAAAAAUGUGAGUUGUAUAUCUAUAAUGAACUGUUUAGUUGUGAUUUCAUGUUAUAUCCAGAUCUAUAAAUUUGCCAGGCUAUUCUUACGAUAAAGCACAUUCUGCUUUACUUCCUCCACGAAGCUCUAGCAAAGAAGGUACAGUGGAUGGUUUGCCUUUUCUUUUCUUUUUUGGGGUAAUUGAGUCUAAUAUAUGAAUUUUCACCA